AUGGUGGAAUUAUCAUUAAAACGUCCACUACUGUUACAAACAAUUGAUGUUAAACCACCACGAGGUAUUCUUUUAUAUGGACCACCUGCCAUAGGUAAAACUUUAAUUGCACGUGCCGUGGCUAAUGAAACUGGUGCAUUUUUCUUUUUAAUCCAUGGACCGGAAAUUAUGUCUAAAUUACCUGGUGAUUCUGAAUUUAAUUUACGUAAAGCAUUUGAAGAAACUAAAAACAAUGCUCCAGCUAUUAUUUUCAUCGAUGAACUUGAUGUAAUUGCACCAAAGCGUGAAAAAAGUCAUGGUGAAAUUGAACAUCCUGUUGUUUUACAAUUAUUAACAUUAAUGGAUGAUCUUCAACAAUGUUCACAUGUGAUUGUUAUGGCGGCAACAAAUCGACCAAAUUCAGUUACUCCAGCACUUCGUCGUUUUCAUCAUGAAGUUGGUAUUAGAAUACCAGAUGCUAUUGGUCGUUUAGAAAUUCUUCAUAUACAUACAAAAAAUAUGAAAUUAGCUGAUGAUGUCGAUUUAAUACAAAUAGGCAAUGAAACUCAUCGUUAUGUUGGAGCUGAUUUGGCAUCAUUAUGCUCAGAAGCUGCAUUACAACAAAUUCGUGAAAAAAUGGAUGUCAUGGAUUUACAAAACAAUACAAUCAAUGUUGAAGUACUCAAUACAUUAGUGGUUACAAAAGUGAAUUUUCGAUUUGCACUUAAUCAAUCAAAACCAUCAGCUUUACGUGAAAUAGUUGUUGAAAAACCAAGAACAACAUGGGAAGAUAUUCAUGGUUUAGAAAAUGUUAAAAGUGAAUUACAAGAACUUAUUGAAUAUGAUGUUGUAUAUCCGUACAGAUUUCUCAAAUUUGAUCAGACGUCAUCAAGUGAUGUUUUCUUGUAUGGAUCACUGGGUUGUGGUAAAACAUUAUUAGCAAAAGCUAUGGCCAAUGAAUGUAAUGCUAAUUUUAUUUUGGUUAAAGUUCCAGAAUUAUUAACUAUGUGGUUUGAAGAAUCAGAAGCUAAUGUACGUGAUGUAUUCGAUAAAGCUCGUCAAGCAGCAUCAUGUGUAGUAUUUUUUGAUGGAUUAGAUUCUAUUGCUAAAUCUCGUGGUGGUAGUGCCGAUGAUGGCGGUGAUGCAGCUGAUCGUGUUUAUAAACAAAUUUUAACUGAAAUGAAUGGUAUCCGUGCAAAAAACAAUGUUUUUAUUAUUGGUGCUACCAAUAGACGAAUUAUGAUUGAUUCAGCUAUACUUCAACCAGGUCGUCUUCAUCGUUUGAUUUAUAUUCCAUUAUCUGAUGAUAAAUCUCGUAUGGCUAUACUUAAAGCUGUUUUAACAGAAUUACGAGGAGCAAAAGAUGGUGUUUUCAGUCUAUUAGCAAAUGAAACAAAAGACUUUAGUGGUGCAGUUUUAACAAAAAUGUGCCAACGUGUAUAUAAAUUAGCUAUAACAGAAUCAAUUAAAGAAAAAAAAACGCAUUGGACAAACAACAAUGAAUUUUGA